AUGAAGCUUCCGUCGGCGGACAGCGAAAUCCCUCGGCCGUUUCAGAUCGAAGCCGGCGUCCAUGAUCCAAUGGAGCAUCGACACAAAAUCCGUCCAGUCCAGCUGUUCGUGCCUUCGAAUUCGAAUCCAAAUGCACUGCGAAUGAACAAAAAUGCACUGAAUGCGGUACUGAAUCAUAGUGCUGUGGCGAAUAGAAAGGUAAGUAUUUUGAGGAGGAGGGGGGCGUUAGAACAAACUUUUAUUUUUUGGAAUUUUCAAGUACCGUAUGCUUUUAAAAUCAAAAUACUUUUAAAAAUUAAAAAAAAAUAGUUUAAUUUCAGGUAGUAGUGAUAAGUGUAGCCGGAACCUUUCGCAAAGGCAAGAGUUUUUUGCUCAACUUCUUCCUCGAAUACCUCUACAUUCUACAGUACUCGCAGAAAGAGUUCCACAGUAAUCUGGAGAUGGAAUGGCUGCACGAUGAAACCGUUUUGGAUGGAUUUCAUUGGCGACCCGGAGCCAAAAGAGACACUGUAGGUAUCUGGCUAUGGGGAGAGCCGAUCCUAAUUGAUGGACCUAAAGGCGAACGGUUUGCUGUUCUACUGGUAAGUCUGGGUAUCUUUAUAUAGUAUGAAUAAGCCUUUUUGCCGUGUUGGAUGAAUGGUAUUUUUGGUUUUUAGCACGCUAUUAUUUAAGCAUCAGAAUCCAGUUUUAAAGUUAAAAAAUGAUUUUUUGGUUUUGAAAAUUCGAAAGUUAAGAAUCACCAUAUUUUAUUUUAUUUUCAUCUUAUCGUCUUCAGAUGGACACUCAAGGAACUUUCGACCAAACCUCAGCCGGCUACCCAGCCAGCACUGCCGUCUUCACCUUGAGCACCAUGCUAAGUAGCUGCCAGUGCUUCAAUCUGCACGAAGUGAUAACGGAAGAAGCCUUCGAAUUAUUCAAAUUCUUCACUGAUUACGGUAAAAUCGCGUUUGAUGAAGCCGAAGAGUUCGGAACCCCGUUCCAAGAUCUUCACUUUGUUUUACGCGACUUCAGAAGCAACGAUUCGUAUCCGUUCGGCUCGCACGGUGGCGAGAAGUACAUGGACGAGUUCCUGAAGCCCAACGAUGAAAUGACAAAAGAACAGAGGGAAAUGAGAGAAGUGUUGGUGGAUUGUUUCGAGGACAUUUCAUGUCAUUUGUUACCAUACCCAGGUCAGAAAGUGGCAGAAAGAGGAUCGUUCAGGGGAAUGGUCAAGGAUAUCAAGCCAGUCUUUAGGGAUGAGGUCAAGAACAUGGUGCAGACCUUCUUGAACCCAUCAGCCUUAAAGGCGAAGAUGAUCAACGGGAAGGAGAUCACUUGCAGAAGGUUUGCUGAGGUUGUCAGGGUACGUUUUAUUUAUUUUUUUUUACUUUUUAGGGCUUAAAAUAAACCACUAAAUCUUGGUCAAAAAGUCGCCAUAUUACAUUGAUGAUACUAUCAUUAUCAUUUCAAAAAUAUUAUUUGACUUAAAAAGCUAAAAAUCGCCACUAAAACAAUAUAAAAUGCCUGUAAAUAAGAUAAAAUGACGUUUUCAGGAAUACGCCAAGAUCUUCGACACCCAUGUUUACCCAACUCCCAGGGAUUUUCUUAAUGCCAAUGUAUAUCUGGCCUCGAACGAAGCCAUGGUAGAGGCGAAACAGUUUUAUAUAAAGGCCAUGGACAGGGUAGGGCUUCUUUCGCUUAAUAUAUCUUCGUAGGGGGGUUUUGUAAACAUAUCAUCUUUAUUUCUGUUUAGUUAUUGUGGUUAUACUUGUUACUACUAGGUCGUUCAACUAAUCUUGAGCCCCCUCUCAAGCAUAUAUUUGGAGUUAUGAGGGCGCAGAAUUAUUUGAACAACCUAAUACUUAUUGUGUUUGUAGUGAUGACUAUAUAUUGUGCUUAUAGUUUUAAGUAUACAUUGUGGUUGUAGGUCUGAUUAUAUUUAGAGUAAACUUACUUUUUUAGGCAACAAAAGCAUCUCGAAUGUUGCCUGAGAAGAAGUUGCAAGAAAUUCAUAUAAAACAAGGUGUAAAAGCGUUGAACAUAUAUGAUCGAUGUCCGAAAGUAGAGAGUGGAGAUAUUAGAUCCAGGAAUUUGGCUCGGUUACAGGAUCAAAUCAAUGUAAGUGGUAUAAUAUAUACAACAAAGCUUUUUUACUAUAGAUUACGAAUUUGUAAAAAUUUCAAAAAAUAAGGCCUAUGUAUCUCUCAAAGUGAUUUUAUAUUAAUUACUGAGAAUACCAGGUCAAAGAAAUCGUAUGUUACAAAGUCUUUAUCUUCAGAAGGAACUAGAACGCUACAAACGUCAGAACGAGGAGAAACGAGUGACUGGCUGUGCUUCUGCUAUGCUAGCUUGCGGGGAUUCGCCUCUGCUUGGCCUUGGACUAGGAUCAGCCGCCUCAGGUAAUUCAAAUUGCUAUUUAGAGCACCGAGCUUUUGCUAAUGAUAAGAAGAAUAUACGACUGAAAGGAGCACCUAAAGGGCUACUCUGCUUUGCUUAUAUUCUCCAUGGCAAAAUGGACGAGUUUAUACCGGAAAACGAACUGUAGUAUCGAUCUAUUGUAAUAUAGGAGGAAGCGAGCUAUAGUAUGGUACUAUAGGAGGCUGUUAUAGUAUAUGGAUUGUAAAUUUGAUUUACAAUGCUACAACGAAGUGUUUUAUCAUGAUAACUACCUUAUUGGUUCGCAGUACAGAUUUUUACAGUACCCGUCAUCUACAGUAUCCCUACUACAAGCUACUACACGAUAGCAACUCAAUUAUAUCUACAAUAUAAUAGCUCAAUUAUAACCAAAAACAUCCUGUUGAUCUCACUACAACUUACAGUAUUCCUCACCUUACUUCAACUUACAGUAUUCCAAAAAGUAAAACAUUUCCAUUACAAUCAAGAUACGAUGAUUUCAGGUGCCAUAGCUGCUACCGUAUUCUCCCUACAGCUGGGUGUGGUCAGUGCUGGCAUUGUGGCCAUUCCAAUCUCUCUUACUGCGUUAUGUGGCAUAUGGGUAUGGGUAACGGUAAAGCCGACACUUAGAGUUUGUCUCGGCUUCGAACGAGACAUAUGA